AUGGAAUCUCGUAAUUGGAUGUAUAAUAGGACAAACGAAAACCGAGGGGGGAUGAGGCAAGAAUUUGUAGACGGUGUCGAUGCUUUUGUUGGCUAUGCAAUGACACUUGAAAUUUUUCUAAGUCAUGGCUUGGUUAGGUGCCCUUGCGUGAAAUGUCAAUGUAGGAAUUACGAGAAUCCAGAGAUUGUUAGGCUUCAUCUCUAUAAAGACGACUUUAAAAAAGAUUAUACAGUGUGGACUAGUCAUGGAGAAAUGAAUAGUAGUUUUGGUAGAUUUCAAGACUUUGUUGUUGGUGAAAGUAGUAGGGCGGUGGAACCUAAUGUCCAAAAUUCUAGAAUGCACGACAUGGUUCAAGAUGCUUAUGGGAUGCAUUCUGAUUUUGAAUCCGGUAACCAUGGUGAAGAAGCUCCAAAUGAAGAAGCUAGUCAUUUUUUUGAACAGUUGAAAAAGGCUAGUCAGCCUUUAUAUGACGGGAGUCCCCACUCUCAAUUGUCUAUUGUUGUUAGAUUAUUAAGCAUCAAAGCAGAUUGGAAUGUUCCUCAAGGUGCAAUGGAUGCUGUGAUUGGCCUUAUACAUGAAUUAGUUGACUCGAAUUUAGAGAUACCUGAAAAUUACUAUAAGGCAAAGAGACUAGUGUCUAAGUUAGGACUCUCGUCGAUGAGAAUUGAUUGUUGUGAAAAUGGAUGCAUGUUAUACUAUAAGGAUGACGAAGGUCUAGAAUUUUGUAAGUUUUGUGGAAGAGCUCGUUUUAAGCGGACUCGUAGCGGGAAGAGGGUUGCCGUUAAGGCGAUGCAUUACUUAACUCUUACACCAAGGUUACAGAGGUUGUACGCAUCAAAUAGCUCCGCUCCUCAUAUAAGAUGGCACAGUGAAAAUAGAAGGCCGCCAGGUGUUAUGUGUCAUCCAUCAGACGGAGAGGCUUGGAAACAUUUUGACACAACAUAUCCAGACUUUGCGGCUGAACCACGAAACAUUAGGUUGGGUUUAUGUUCUGAUGGAUUCACUCCACAUUCUGUUUCUGCUGCACCAUAUUCUUGCUGGCCUGUUUUUUUAACACCAUAUAAUCUUCCGCCUGAGUUGUGGGUUGAGACGUUUGACGUUUCUCUUAAGCAGAAUUUUAAUUUGCGGGCCACUUUAAUGUGGACUAUUAAUGAUUUUCCUGCCUACGGGAUGUUGUCUGGGUGGAUGACUGCUGGAAAGAGAGGAAAUUUGGGAGAGGAAAUUUGGGAGAUGGUUGAGAACUUUCCAAAAGUUACUGAAGAACCACCGUACAAGUUCGAUGGGUAUGGGCUUGCACAUAAUUGGACCAAACAGAGCAUAUUUUGGGAGUUACCAUAUUGGAAGGAUAAUCUUCUCCGGCAUAAUCUUGAUCUUAUGCACAUUGAAAAAAAUUACUUUGAUAAUUUAUUCAAUACAGUAAUGGAUGUCAAGGGCAAGACAAAGGAUAAUCCAAAGACAAGAUUGGACUUACAGGAAUAUUGUAUGCGUAAAGAGUUAUGGUUGCAGGACAAAGGGAACGGGGUCUUCAAGCCUAAGGCUAGUUAUUCAUUCACAAUGGAUCAUAAGCGAAAGAUUUGUGAAUGGGUUAAGAAAUUGAAGAUGCCUGAUGGGUAUGCAUCAAAUUUGGAAAAACAUGUUGAUAUGGCGCAAGGGAAGUUACAUGGGAUGAAAAGCCAUGAUUGUCAUGUUUUCAUGGAAACUUUACUCCCCAUUGCAUUUAGUAGCUUGCCUGCCCGAAUCUGGAAGCCUAUGACAGAAAUUAGUUUGUUCUUCAAAGACUUGUGUUCUAGUACGUUGAGGGUAGACAACCUGGAUCGGAUGCAUCAUAAUAUUCCUGUAAUAACAAGUAAGUUGGAGAAAAUUCUUCCACCGGGGUUCUUCGAUGUGAUGGAACAUCUUCCAAUUCACCUUGCGGAGGAAGCUCAACUCGGAGGCCCAGUUCAUUAUAGUUGGAUGUAUCCCUUCGAGAGAAACAUAGAGUUGAAUGAUCAAUUUGCGAAGCCUACCUUACUAAGGAAACAACUCAUUUCUGUUCUUACUACUUUGGGAAUGAUGUGCCAUGUUUGCGAAACAGACCCAAUCGACAUUAUGAAGGAGGUUUACAGUACAGAGUAUGGUUACCAUGACCAACUUUUAAAGGACAUAUCUUGGGGACCCGGUAUGGUCUAUUCUAUGGACAAAUAUGUGGUAAAUGGUUUUAAAUUUACUAUCGAAGAACGAUCUAAGCAUACAAAAACUAACAACAGUGGGGUUUGGGUUAAAGGUGGCGAUGGAAACCAAGCCGGGGUCGAUUAUUAUGGUGUAAUUAAGGAGAUCCUAGAACUGGAAUAUUCUGGUGGUGGGAAAAAAAGAAUUGUACUUUUUCGGUGCAAGUGGUUUGAUCCAACCCCAAAUAGAGGUACAAGGGUACUCAAGCAGUAUAACAUCAUAGAAGUAAAUCACACGAGGGAGUAUGCGGCUUAUGAUCCUUUCAUUAUUGCACAAAAUGUUAGACAAGUGUACUAUGCUCCUUAUCCCUUGCGUCCAGAUAAGUCUGCUUGGUGGGUGGUAAUUAAAGUCAAGCCUGUGGGUCGAGUGGAAGUGGAGAAUGUGUUGCCUGUUGCGUUCCAGGAUGACGACAUAUCAGUUGUUCACCAAAUAGUUGACAAUGAGUUAGAAGAUGAUUUAGAGCAUGCAGAACACAUAUUGGAAGAAAUAAAUGCAGAAGAUAUUAACGCAGAGGUGAACGAAUGUAAUAAUGGAAAUGAAACAACUGAUGAGGAAGAAUGGUCAGAAGAGAGGGAUGGGGAUGGGGAUGAGGAUUAA